AUGUGUUCUUUGUGUAGGCUAGAUCUUACAGCUGCUGGGAAGGAGGCAUUUUUCUGUGAGGUGAAACAGUGUGUUACUGGCAGCCAUGGUCUUGAUGUUCAGUUUAGUGGAAUCAAUUUCCUGGAAUCUCUGGUAUCUGAAUUUUCUCCGUCUACUUCAAGUGCCAUGGGCCUUCCUAGGGAGUUUCAUGAGCAGUGCCGGGCAUCAUUAGAGCUCGACUAUCUGAAGGCAUUCUAUUGUUGGGCACAAGAGGCUGCUCUAAGUGUCACAAGCAGAAUAAUUGAGUCGGAUUCUGCUGAACUGGAGGUUAGAGUAUGUUCCGUAGCACUACGUCUUAUGCUUCAAAUCCUGAACUGGGAAUUCCGUUACACCACAAAUAGAGUGGUCGGGGUGAAAAGCAGCAUAGAUGUUUUUUCUGCCGGAGUUCGACAAGAUAGUAACUCACUGAGGGCUGAAUGUACCUUAGUGCAGCCUGGUCCUUCUUGGCAUGAUGUUCUGAUUUCAAGUGGUCAUAUUGGCUGGCUUUUGAACUUUUAUGGUGCACUGAGACAGAAGUUUUCUCGGGAAGGUUACUGGCUGGACUGUCCUAUAGCAGUUUCUGCUCGAAAGCUCAUAGUACAGUUCUGCUCCUUGACAGGAACUAUAUUUCCAUCUGGUAUUGAAUUCUUCUUAGUACCUUCUAUUUGA